UAGUCACUGCACUAACGCCAUCAACCCUUGGACAUUUUCCUUGUUUGCUUUUACACGGUAAAUAAGAUUCGUUUGCUCAGUGCAUGGGUGGCAUUAAUUCGCGGGAUAUGGAUAUGGAUAUCGAAUACAAUCCAGGACUUGCUGCUGUUUUGCAGUAUAUGAUACGCAGCGGUCGCCUUAUACUAUCCUCGGAUCAUGAUGACUCGGACGAAGAAUAUGCUGCUAAUUCACAACCUCCGAAAAUUACGUCUGUGCCAAAUAUGUCCAGACUAAAUGAGAAUGAUAUAAGUCAUGUUACAAAACAGGCAUGUGGAUUAAUAGAUAACAGGUAUAAACACAAUCUUUCUGUAACAUCGAUGAUUCAAAGAAGAGCUUUAGGUCCCAACUUUAGUACAGGAGAAAGGUGCAGAAUUAGUAGCAAUUAUUUACCAAAUAGGAGUUUUCGACUUACUAGAUAUGAUACCAAAGCGUUCUGUGGUUCUUAUUCCAAAGAUGGGAGAUUUUUCUUAACAGCCACUCAAGACAAAUAUUUACGUCUUUAUCAAACACACGGUGCGAAGUUUACAUUAUUCAACGUGAUCCCCGCAUUAGACGUGGGGUGGAGCAUCUUGGACACAGCAUUUAGCCCUGAUCAUAAUUAUAUUGUUUAUUCCAGUUGGUCUGAAUGUUUAUAUCUAUGUCCCAUUCGUGGAGAUUCAAAUUCGCAAGUUUCAUUAUCACUCUGUCCAGAGCAUAGAAGAUUUUGCGUAUUUUCCCUUGUAUUUUCCAGUGAUGGUAGAGAAAUUUUAUGCGGAGCAAAUGAUGGUUUCCUUUAUGUCUAUGAUAGAGAAUGUCACAGACGUGCUUCUAAAAUUGAUGGCCAUAAUAAUGAUGUAAAUACAGUUGCCUUUGCGGAUAAUACUUCUCAAAUUCUGUACAGUGCUGGUGAUGAUGGCCUUUGUAAGGUUUGGGAUAGAAGAACUUGGAAUGAAAGUGACCCACAUCCUGUUGGAGUAUUAGCUGGCCAUAUGGAUGGUAUUACGUAUAUCGAUCCACGCGGUGAUGGUCGGUAUUUAAUUACCAAUAGUAAAGAUCAAACGAUUAAAUUAUGGGAUGUGCGUGCAUUUUCUGAUCAGAAAGGUGAACAAAAUACACGUAAAGCUGUUGCAAAUCAAAACUGGGAUUACCGAUGGCAACGAGUACCAAAGCGCCUGCACAAACCGAAAAAUAUGUUGGAAGGUGAUACUAGUAUUAUGACUUAUCGUGGUCACUCUGUUCUUCAAACUUUAAUACGUUGUCAUUUUUCACCUUCGUCUAAUACCGGCCAAAGAUAUAUCUAUACUGGAUGUGCCGCAGGACGAGUAAUAAUAUAUGACGUGUUAACCGGUAGGAUAGUUAGUAGUUUAGUAGGACACCAGGGUUGUGUACGUGACGUUAGUUGGCAUCCAUUUCAUCAGGAAAUUGUUUCUACAUCCUGGGAUGGUGAAAUUGUUCGUUGGCUGUACUCUGAAAAGACUACAAUUUCGACUUCCGACUCGGAAGACGAAAGCGAUGAGGACUCAACACCGCCUGCUGUAAGAAUACGUCAAAUAAUAGUUGCUCACAGUGCCAAGCAAGCAGCAGAAGCUCGCCUCGCAGCACUCGAGCCUCCUAGAUUUUAAAUAAGAAACGGAAUGUUCCGAGAAAUUGAUGCUUUUUGUUCCUACGAGGGAAAAAGUUAAUGCUUAGUGUUUGCAGAAGGACAAUUUUGUAUCGGUGGCUGUUAUUCAUCGAAAUUCAAGAGACUAACUUUUUUCUACAAGACUGAGUUUUCAUUGAAUACACACACCUCUACAGAAUCAGUGUUGCCAUUCUGGUUUAUACAUCAAAACUGAAUGCAUAUUUAUAAGAAUAAUGUCGCAGGUAUAAGAACAUAAUCUAUAUAACCCAUUCUCUUGAAACCAAAUUUGUUGUUAUCUGAUAUUUACCGAUUUUUUGCAUAUUAAAUACAAUUGGAGGGGUAGUGCGUUAUUAUAUUUUGUAUUGCGAAGUGGGUAACACAUCAGAAGGGUAUACACAUAUGCGUGCGCUUGUGUAUGUGUGUUUUAUUUUUAGCAAUACGAAACAAAGUUUUUUCUUCAUCUAUCUAUUCUUCCUCUUUUUGCUGUCAUUAUUGGUUUUUCCACCAUCUUCUUGCUACAUCUCCUUUACGUUUCCUUCUUUAGGUUGCAUCUCCAUUUCUCUUCCCAUGUUAUCUGUUUAUCUAGCUAUCUCUUUGGGUCUCAUUGUUCUACUUUAGAAACUCGAAGGGAAGAAUAUUUUCGAUUAAGCCCUGAAAAAAAUAUUAUUAUUUACGUAUAAUUCCACGUAUGAAUAUAAAUGUGUAUACUUUUGCGAAUAUUAAGAGGAUAUGAACGAUAGCUGAGAAUGAAGAAUAUAGUGUAAGAAAACGUAAGAGAGCAUUACGGUUUUUACAACGCUCAUUUUCAUAUUGACCAAACGCGAAGAUGAUGUUAUUCUGUACAUUUUUCAAUGUACAUAUAUUAUUAGGUAUGUUUAAAUGUUGCUUACAAAUUUCCAAAAAUGUACAUAAAUACAUAAAAGCAUUGCAUACACACGUGCGCGCACAUACAUUCACGAAUACAUAACGGGUACACGUAUGUAUACGCGCGCGCACAGAAAGAGAGAGAGAGA